AUGAAAGAACAAGCAGAUGUCAGUGAUGCUUGCAUAGGAACAGAGUUGACUCUGAUGUCCUACAGACUCAGGGGCUCUGAAGUAGCCCAUGAUGGGUCGAGGAGGAGACUAAAUCAAUGGGGUCGAGAGCAUGAUGUAGGAUACGGUUAAAUUAUUCCUACAAUGAAGGGAGCUUUCUCCUCACGUGGAGCUCUCGGCCUCAUUAUCAACGGUGUCUUUGACAACCCAGAGCCCAUUAAAGACACCUUGAAGAAAGCACAUCCCACACCACGGAGCUUCAAAAUCUAUACAGGGCUGGAAUCCUUGAGGAUGGUGUCGUAAAAUGAGGAAACGGUUCCUUUCAUUUUUCAUCCUGAGACUCGGCCAACAAACAUGUUAUCUGGCCCCAUAAACACCCCCACGCCUCCGUGUGACCGAAGCCAAGGUCUGCAUCACCAUGACAGAGUUCGGACUCAAACAGUGGAAACAGCAGCGGAUGAAGGGGUUUAUGACUCCUCCAAAUCUUUAGCUGGCUUUAUGGGGUUCCCAAUAUAA